GGGGCCCGCGGGGCCGAACCGGGAGGGGCGCGGGGACGGGGUGGUCCCAGGCCUAGAGCUCGGGGGACCGCCUCCCCUCCUGCGGUCCGGCAGUUCCGUGCUAGCUAGGAGUCGUGCAAAGUUUGCUUGAGGCUAGGGACUUGGAGGCAGACUCGGACGGGCUGCGCAGAGACCGAGGAGACGGAGGGGAAGGCCAGAGAGAGCGAGUCGGGGAGACUCAGAGGGAUACAAACUGGGAGAGGCAGAGGGAACGACACCGAGGGCUUUAAACGGAGUCAGAGCGAGCGGGGGACCAGAGUCGGAAGGAGCGCAUACUUCGAAAUUCCGAGGCAGAGAGACAGGAGGGCGAGCCGAGGGCAGAAACGUGCCGAGGCAGGGACGGAAGCCUCGGCCCGCGGAGACUGCAGAGGACGCUUCGGAUCCGUCACGGUUUUGCCUCAUUUGGAAGAUAUUACUUCGCCCCUGAAAAAAAAUAAAUACAAAAAAGACCUUAGGGGGCGAACUCCUGCAAGGACUCGGGAACCUGCCUGUGGCCGCAGACACCCUGCUUAGAACUCGGAACGGGAACAGGAAGGCAAAGGUGCAGAGGAGUGGAAACCCGCCCCGGGCGAAGGCGACGUCGAAGACCAGCACUCUGGCUUUGGGAUGGGAUCCGUCUAAAGGCAGGCUUCCAGGCCAGCUCAAGGGCGAUGGGCACAUGCCGAGAUGCAGCACUACGGGGUGAACGGCUACUCGCUGCACGCCAUGAACUCACUCAGUGCCAUGUACAACCUGCACCAGCAGGCGGCCCAGCAAGCCCAGCACGCCCCUGACUACCGGCCAUCGGUGCAUGCACUGACGCUGGCUGAGCGCCUGGCUGACAUCAUCUUGGAGGCCCGUUAUGGCUCCCAGCACCGCAAACAGCGUCGCAGCCGCACGGCAUUCACUGCUCAGCAGCUCGAGGCCCUGGAAAAGACCUUCCAGAAGACUCACUACCCAGAUGUGGUGAUGCGCGAGAGACUGGCCAUGUGCACCAACCUGCCCGAGGCUCGGGUGCAGGUGUGGUUCAAGAACCGCAGGGCCAAGUUCCGGAAGAAGCAGCGCAGCCUGCAGAAAGAACAGCUCCAGAAGCAGAAGGAGGCUGAGGGCUCCCAUGGUGAAGACAAGAUCGAGGCCCCAACCCCAGACAGCCAGCUGGAGACCGAUCAGGCCCCCAGCCUGCCCAGUGGUGACCCUCCUGCUGAGAUGCACCUGAGCCUAUCUGAGCAGUCGGCCAGUGAGUCAGCCCCUGAGGACCAGCCAGACCGGGAGGAGGAUCCCCAGGCAGGGGCUGAGGAUCCCAAGGCUGAGAAGAGCCCUGGGGCUGACAGCAAGGGGCUGGGCUGCAAGAGGGGCAGCCCCAAGGCAGAUUCCCCAGGCAGCUUGGCCCUGGCUCCUGCAGCUCCUGGGGGCAGCCUCCUGGGCCCUUCCCACUCCUACUCCUCAUCCCCGCUGAGCCUCUUCCGUCUUCAGGAGCAAUUCCGCCAGCACAUGGCGGCCACCAACAACCUGGUACACUACUCAUCCUUCGAAGUAGGGGGCCCAGCCCCUGCUGCUGCUGCGGCUGCUGCUGCUGCUGUGCCCUACCUGGGUGUCAACAUGGCCCCCCUGGGCUCACUGCACUGCCAGUCAUACUACCAGUCCCUGUCAGCAGCUGCGGCUGCCCAUCAGGGCGUGUGGGGGUCCCCACUGCUGCCUGCACCCCCAGCAGCCCUGGCACCUGCCUCAGCUGCCCUGAACAGUAAAACCACGAGCAUCGAGAACCUGCGGCUUCGGGCCAAGCAGCAUGCAGCCUCCCUGGGACUCGAUACGCUGCCCAACUGACUGCUGGCCUCCAGCCCAGCCAGGGGUCUUGGGUGCCUGCCUCCCAGUCCCAUGGUUAUCCUCAGAUGGCUCUCAAGGAGUUAACUCAAUGAGCCCAGGGAUCCAGGGAUCCUGGGCCUGGAAUCCGGCUCCCUGCUCCCCUCCCCCAGAGUCCUAGCGUAGGCGAAGCCCACACCUGCACUCUCUGCAUGGCCCUGCUUGGAUCCCAAGGAGGCGAGAGGCGGGGGGAGUGAGAGGCUCUCACUCGCUAGAUCCCCACCUCAGCGUUGCCUCCUUCCUUCCUUCCCUCCCUCCUAUCCCUUCCUCCCCCUAGUAAGUUGGUGUGCAGAAUGUGAGAUAUAAAUAUAAAUAUAUAAAACUAUAUUUUCAGGCACUUGCCUGCCCCAGGCCCCCUGCCCACUCCGUCUCUUGUCCUCUGCCGCCCUUGCCUCCUCCUAUGGCUCCGAAUCUCACUCUGGCUCUUCCUUCUCUUUCUCUCUCUCUCCUUCUUCCCUGGCCUCCUCUCUCUGCCUCUGCCCUGUUUCCCAUGGCCUCUCCCUUCAGCUUCUGUCUUCUGCAUUCUGGGUCUUUCCCCAUAGCUCCUAUCCUCACCCCCUCUUUCUUUGAUGCUGGCUGUGUUGGUGUCAUGGAUUCCCAAGCUGUUUUGUUUGGGGCUGUGGCUUUUUAGUUUUAGUAAUGUUGCUUCUCCUGCUCCUUUUCUGCUUGCCUGUCUCCUCCCCACUGUCCAGCCUCCCAAAUGGCCACACUCUCUGGGCAGCUGCUCCUCUCCACCCUCAGCAGAGGUGGUCAGGCCCUAGCUGGAGACGCUGCAGCCACUGGAGCUGCAGAUAGGAGGUGUCACUGGUCCCCACACCCACCCUCCCCUGGGCCUGGCAUCUAGAAGGGAUGAGUCACAUUCUCUUUCCUCAGCUUUGAGGCCCUGCCUCUAAGAUUGAAGAAGAGGGGAGUGGAGGCAGGAAUCAGGCUGGGGUAGGCGGGGAUGUCCAAGACAGAGGCCUGCAGCCCCUGCUCAUUCAGGAUUGCCCAUGAGGCUCUAGACCUCCCUGAUGAGACUCCCCUGGUUGGAAGGAGGUGGAGGGGGGAGGGGUGCUCUCAGAGAGAGGUGGUACUGCUCUGCCCCACCCUGGCCUCCUGGUUCAGCAGUCAGUGUCCAUUGCAGGGGUGUGUCUGAGCCAGGAAGGAAGGCUGGACUCUAGCUCCUGAUCACAAUGAGUGCAAACCACGCAGCAGUGCGGAGUCUCAGGUGUCUGUUGGCAUCUGCUCCCGGAGCUGACUGUUGACGGAAGGGUUCCUGUUCAGCUAGUCCUUGAUGUGUUCCUGUUUAUGACUGGGAACCCAGCUCAAAACUCCCUUUCAAAGCAGAGUGACCUUGAGCCAACCCAUAGCCUCUCUGGGCCCAUAUCCUCAUCUGGCUUAGAUGGCCUGUUGCUGUCCUGUCCAGCUGUGAUUCUCUGCAUGUCUGUGCUCAGAAGUUUUUAGCUAAACUCACAACAACCACAAAACGGCUCUCAAAAGCACAGAGCAUGGAUUAGAAAAUUGCUGUUGCUUUGCUGUGGAGCAAUGGGCAUUGCAUGCGCAAGACUCUCCACAGGCACCACCACAGUCUCUGCGCCUGAGUUUCCCAGUAAGCAUUAUGGGUCCUUUCAAGUUGAGACAGUCUGGAUCUGAUCCUGCUUUUCUUGAGUUGCAGCGCUGGCCUCUGUGGUCACCCCAUCUCCAUGCCUUCACAUGGCUCAGGGCUCAGGGCAGGGUUGGGGGCUGGAUUGCACAGAUUCCCUCUGUGGGAGGUUCACCACAGAGCCUUCCACACCCAGCUUAGAGAAGUUUCAUCUGAGAUUCCUAAGGGUUGUCUCUUCUCCCGGUGGAAGGAGGAGGCGGGCAUCUACCGGUGUCUCAGUAGGCUUGGUCUGCAGAACUCUUGAUGCUCAUCAUCCCUGGGGGUCUGGCUGAGGCACAUGGAGAAGGCUUUGAAUGGGGGAAAAAGUUGGGGGGGAUGGUAGCCUUGGCCAGGAAAGCUGUUUGAACAAAGCAAUGGAGGGAGACUAAGUAGACUGCGGGGAAGGUGCGGCUGGCUUCAUGAGAGGUGGGGCUCAGGGCCUUGAAUCCAAGCUACAGCCCUUACCUGCACAGCAGGUGAGAGCUUCUGAAUAGGGAUCAGACGAAGCAGGAUCUGGGCUCUGGGAUUUCAAAGGUGAAUCCAAGAGCCACAGGAGCAGCAGAAUAGGAGGUGGGGGGGCAGGCAGGACUGGAGGGUAACAGACUUGAGAAGAUAGAAGGAAUUUUUGGUUCAUCCUCUGCAAUCAGCUCCAGGAGGGUCUGUUUCUGAACCCAACAAAAUCUCAUCUGGACUGGUCAUGGGGACAGAAGCUUUUUGCUUUUCCCUAAAUGCAAAUGACUGUCACUGGGCCUUGGAAUCCAAUUGCUCUAAACAUCACCUCCUCCAGGCAGCCUCCCCUGACCUCUUAAGGGGCAAGUCCAUCCCAGAGUCGUGUUUUGUCAUGGCUAGAGCCAGGCCCACCUAAGGUUCCAUCCAGCUUCCUCCAGAUCUUUGUUAACACUGCCUCAUUCAAUGGACCCAAUUCCAUCAGCCCAGAGAAGGCAGGGAAGUGUAUGUGUUCCCUGAGCCCCCGGCAGAUCUCCACCUAGUCUAGGGGACCAGCCUCAGUUACUGAAAGCAGCUGGAGAGCAAGAGGAGAGACCACCAAGCGCCUCCUAGAGGGUCAGAUGGUAUGGGCUUGGGGUGGCCGGCUGUCCACCACCCUCUGGGACUGAAGCUGGAGCCUCUCCCCAGUCAGCUGGGUUACCCUGAGGCUCUAGCUCUGACCUCCCUUUCAGGAAAGCCUCAUUCCUCACCCCUCCCUUCUAUUUGAGGUCUCCAUUUCCCUGCCUCCUCACUUCCCCAGAACAUGGUCCAGAGGGGCCUGGGCCCACCCCCAACUCCGUGGCCUGCGGGCUGUACAGACUGCUUUCCAAACCAGCUGUUUUGUGACCAUUUGUGCUUAGAGGUUGUGCCAGCCUGUGGCAAAAACACUGUGUACCGUAUUUAUUUAUUCUGUUAGUUGAGAAAACAAGACUCAGAUUCCCCCCCUCCCCUGCCCCGCCUCCUGCGUAGUGCAGCAUGACACUCUGUCCCGUGUAUCGGUCCGUCCGCCUGACUUCCUGUGACAUUGUGAUCUAUUCUUUGUCCUACUUGGCUAAUAAAAGAGAGU